CAAGCUUCUAGUCAUUGUCACAUCAGGUCUUUCGUUGUGGCGUGACGCUUCAAUGCUACUCUGACAGUCAGCAAUGUGGACCAUCAGUACAUCAUCAGAACACCACAAACUCUAAUUACGCCACAAUCCUUGCCUGACCCCCAGGGGUUUUAUAAAUCGCGGCUCAUAGUCAAAAUGCACAGCGGGGCCAACAAUAUUACCGUCAAUCCAACUGAAGCGCGAUGGGCUCAGCAUCUCGAGUGGCCAUCGUCGGCGUUGGCGAAGUCGGCGGCGCCGUCGCUUACAACCUCACGUUGAAUUCUAUGGCGAGCGAGCUUCUCCUCGUCGAUCUCGACCUGAGCGUCAGAAACGCCCAGAUCGAAGACCUCUGCGAUGUCACUUACAGUACUAACAGCAGUACGCGUGUACGUCCAGCUACGUACCGUGAGGCUGCUCAGUGCGAUCUCGUGGUGAUAACCGCCGCAUCUAAACACAUGCUAGGCCAGACAACUGUUGACUAUACGUCCCGGAACACCUCGAUGAUACGUGAGGUGAUGGAGGCGAUGAAGCCCUUUCGAGCUGACACCGUCUUGCUCAUCGUGGCAAAUCCAGUUGACCUACUGACGUCUCUCGCCAAAGAAAUGUCGGGACUUCCUCCAUCUCAGGUCAUUGGCACUGGUACAGCUCUGGAUACCUACAGGCUCCGAGGAAUGGCUGCCUCCCGUGCUUUGGUAUCUCCAUAUACUGUGGAUGCGUUCGUCGUAGGUCAUCAUGGAGAACAUCAAGUAGUCGUCUGGUCGGCAGCAACCAUUGGCACGAUCCCCAUUGAGGACGUGAAAAUGCUGAAUGCCAUCGACCGCAGUAGGAUCGAACUCAUCUGCAAGCAUCGGUCGAGUCAAAUCAGUCUGGGGAAAGGGUCUGCACCUUUUGGAAUAGCUUCAGUUGCAGCUAAUCUGUGUUGUUCUGUCAUGCUGGAUAAGCAUGAGAUGUACCCAGUCAGUCACUUUCAAGAGGAGUAUGGAUGCUGUCUUAGCUUGCCCGCCGUCAUUGGGAGGAAGGGGAUCCUCAAUACAGUUCCACUAUCGAUGAACGAAGGUGAGAAUGCGGCGGUCAAAUCAUCGGGGGAUUUAUUGAAAGCCAGUGUUAAAUCAAUCCAGCGAGACUGGUGGUGAGCAUUUUUGGCGUUUGUAUUUAUAGUCAAUAGGUAUAAUAAUUCCAGUUAAACUUCUUGUAUCAUGGUUUAAGUAGGAUGACUUGGUGAAAUAUUCAGAUGCAAAUCAAGUCACCGCAAAACCUAUCGACUUCGAGGUC